GCGGCGCCGCUCACUGCCGGGGCGGGCCGGGCCGGGCGCCCCCUUCCGCUGCGGCUCCCAAGAUGGCGGCGGCCAGCGCCGUGCGGGUGGUGCGCCGCUCCCGGAGGCUGUUCGAUCUCUUCGUGACUGAUGUUCCCUGGACGGUGUCGCACAAGGAGCUGAAGGAGUACUUCUCCCAGUUCGGGUCGGUGCAGAGGUGCCAGCUGCCGUUUGAUAAAGAUACAGGCUUUCACAGACGUUAUUGCUGGAUUAAAUUCUCAACUCCCAGCGACCUUCAGAAUGUGUUUCAGCAGGACUCCCACAUACUUGAAGGUGCCAGGCUUACUCUCAAACAGCUGCCCUAUAGAAGACUCAGUCAAAGAAAGAACCAAAGUGAAUGAGCGGUGGAAGGAGGCUUUAUUUCACUAAAUGUAAAGGAACUAAAAUAAAGGUUAUGGAGAAACUA